UUCAUUUGUUUCCUGUAGCAAGGCGUAACAGUGGCGAGCUAGUUAGUGAUAGCACUAGCUGCAGAAAUUUGACAUUUCAUUGUUGACGUUCAACCUUUUCGAUGGCAAACAUGGCUGAGUUGGAGAGAUCCGAGAGAUCCGAUGGAAAGAUUGUGAAAAUGGAGGUUGAUUACAGUUCUACUGUAGAACAACGCAUUCCCGAGUGCGAGAAAAUGGCAAAAGAGGGCAGACUGCAGGAGGCCAUUGAGAGCUUGUUGUCUCUGGAGAAGCAAACACGAACGGCGUCGGACAUGGUGUCUACUUCUAAAAUCCUGGUUACAGUGGUGCAGAUGUGCCAUGAUGCCAAGGACUGGGAUGCUCUGAACGAGAACAUCAUGCUUCUCUCCAAGAGAAGGAGUCAGCUCAAACAGGCUGUUGCAAAGAUGGUUCAGGAAUGUUACAAGUAUGUGGACGAAGUGACUGAUCUCCCAAUCAAGUUAAGGCUCAUUGACACGCUACGCACUGUGACUGCCGGCAAGAUCUAUGUGGAGAUUGAGCGAGCCAGGUUGACACGUACCUUAGCCAACAUCAAGGAGAAGAGUGGAGAGGUCACAGAGGCAGCUGCCAUUCUUCAGGAGCUCCAGGUCGAGACGUACGGCUCCAUGGAGAAGAAGGAGAAGGUGGAGUUCAUCCUGGAACAGAUGAGACUGUGCAUCGCGGUCAAGGACUACAUCCGCACCCAAAUCAUCAGCAAGAAGAUCAACACCAAGUUCUUCACGGAGGAGGGCACCGAGGAGUCCAAGCUGAAGUACUACAACCUGAUGAUCCAGGUGGACCUGCAUGAAGGCUCCUACGUGUCCAUCUGCAAACAUUACCGGGCCAUUUACGACACCCCCUGCAUCCUGGAGGACAACUCCAAGUGGCAACAGGCUCUCAAGAGCGUGGUGCUGUACGUGAUCCUGGCUCCCUACGACAACGAGCAGUCCGACCUGGUGCACAGAAUCAACGCUGACAAGAAAUUGGAAGAAAUCCCCAAAUACAAGGACCUCCUGAAGCAGUUCACCACCAUGGAGCUGAUGCGCUGGGCCGCCUUGGUGGAGGAUUAUGGGAAGGAGCUGAGGGAGGGCUCCCCCGACAGCCCGGCCACCGACGUCUUCGACUGCACAGAGGACGGGGAGAAGAGGUGGAAGGACCUCAAGAACCGCGUGGUGGAACAUAACAUAAGAAUUAUGGCCAAGUAUUACACCAGGAUCACAAUGAAGAGGAUGGCAGGACUUCUCGACCUCUCAGUCGAUGAGUCUGAAGAGUUCCUUUCUAACCUGGUUGUCAACAAGACCAUUUACGCAAAGGUGGACCGGCUAGCCGGCAUUAUCAACUUCCAGAGACCCAAGGACCCCAACGACCUCCUGAAUGACUGGUCUCACAAACUCAACUCCCUCAUGUCCCUGGUCAACAAAACCACACAUCUCAUCGCCAAAGAGGAGAUGAUCCACAAUCUGCAGUAAUCGCAAAACCAAGAGCAUCGUUUUUUUUUCUCAUUUGUUUUUUUUUUUUUUCAAUAAACA